AUGGCGUUCCUCGGGACGAAGGUGAAGCACGCCGUCAUCACGGUCCCGGCCUACUUCAACGACGCCCAGAGACAGGCGACCAAGGACGCGGGGACUAUCGCGGGAUUGCAGGUGGAGAGAGUGAUCAACGAGCCGACGGCGGCGGCCAUCGCCUACGGCCUGGACCGAGAAGGCAUCGAGGAGAACAUCCUCGUCUUCGACCUGGGAGGGGGAACCUUCGACGUCACCUUGCUCGCCAUCGACAACGGGGUGUUCGAGGUGCGAGCAACGAGCGGGAACACUCACUUGGGGGGCGAGGACUUUGACCAGCGCAUCAUGAAGUACUGCAUCUCACAGUUCAAGCGCACCAACGGCGUGGACGUGUCCGGCAACAAGCGGGCCGUGCAGCGGUUGAGGCGGCAGUGCGAGCUGGCAAAGCGGACCCUGUCCAGCCAGACUCAGGCGACGAUUACCGUGGAGGCCCUACACGACGGCAUCGACUUCUCGCUCUCCCUUACACGUGCCAAGUUCGAGGAGCUCAACCAAGACCUCUUCAAGAAGACUUUGGACGGAGGCAUUCUGUCCGGGGAUGCCGCCGAGCAGACGAAGGACGUGCUACUGCUGGACGUGGCUUCGCUCUCCAUGGGGAUAGAGACGGCGGGCGGGGUGAUGACGAAGCUGAUCGAGAGAGGGACCACGAUCCCCACGCACAAGUCUCAGCGCUUCUCGACCUACGCGGACAACCAGCCGGGGGUGCUGAUCCAGGUGUUCGAAGGGGAGCGUUCGAUGACGCGCGACAACCGCCUCCUGGGGAAGUUCGAGCUGUCCGGGAUACCGCCGGCCCCGCGCGGCACUCCUCAGGUGGAGGUGUCGUUCGACGUGGACGCCAACGGCAUCCUGCAGGUGUCCGCGGAAGACAAGGCCUCCGGCAAGGUGCAGCAGAUCACCAUCACGUCGGAGAAAGGGAGGCUCUCGGACGAGGAGAUCGAGCGAAUGGUCAAGGAGGCGGAGGACUUCGCGGAACAAGAUCGCCGAGAUCGGGCGAAGGUGGAGUCCAGGAACAACCUGGAGACCUACCUCUACAACUUGAAGACGUCCUACGAGGACACUCUCAAGGACAAGAUGGCGGAGAACGACUUGGAGGAGCUCAAGAGCGCGGUUGAAGGUGGUCUGGAGUGGCUGGACUCGAACCCAGGUGCGGAGGAGGAAGAGCUGGUGGACAAGCUCAAGGAGGUGGAGGGGGUGGCAAAUCCGAUCAUCGCUCGGGCGUACGAAUCGAACGGCGGGGGUGACGCAGAUGGCGGCUUCCCGCAGGGCGCUGAUGGGGGCGCAAGCGCGGCAGAGGAGGAGGAGCCGAACGCGGAGCCCCACGUGGAAGAGAUGGACUGAUCGUUGUUGCAUGAAAUACAGCGCCCCAACAAAUUUCUACGAUCAUGCCGUGUCUUCCACUUGGCCAGCCUCUCGCGACGAGGCGGUAUGGGCUUGAUCGAGAUCGAUGACCGUAUAUCUAUCCC